AUGCUGCGUUUGUUGACGACGAGUGUUUUGUGCUCAUGGCGGCGUCUGGGAAACUCGUUGGACCAGGCCAUGGAUGUGCUCCUGCGUCAGCUUUUCGAUGUUUUUGAAAACCUUCACCUUGAGAUCAAUUGUAAACCAGGCAAAACUGAAGCCCUAUUAAAAUAUAGGGGCUAUCAGGCUGUGCAGUUGCGUGAGGCUCGCCGUUGUGCCGACGGCAAGCUUCGUCUCCAAGUCCCUGGUCGUCCUGGGAUUGCCAUUGACGUUGUGCAGAGCUACGUGCAUCUAGGCACCCACGCGAAUGUCGACGGCUCGUGUUUUCAGAAUGCGACCCACAGGUGUUCUAGCGCCAUGGCCGCUUAUGCUCCACUGUCUUCCAAGAUCUUCGGCAGAUUGCGUGCCUAG